ACUUACUUUUAUAUUGCAGUUGUUCGUUUGUCACAUUUGUCACGUUGUGGAAGGAAGUGUGUCCGGGAAUAAGUGGGUGCCGAAGGUUUCUGUGUGCCUUGGAGAAUUUUGAAAUGAUGGGACGUGCAGUAAUGCUGAGGUUGUGCUGAUCUGUACUUAGAGUGCCCACGUGAACAUUGAAGAGGGCUAGGUUGAGAUUGUGUUGUAGAACCUGAAUGCUCCACUGGAUAUCGAUAUGUUCAACCUUCUCUCUUCCGCGCUGCAAAGUGCGGUUGAAACGGUCGCACCUUCUGCUCCUGUCACUGAAGAUCUGAAGUACCACUGGAGGAAAAUAACUCACUUCUACGCCACACAUACCGCAUCUAAUUUUACUGAUCGCGUUGAAACAACGACUGUACCCACGCAUCUCAGAGAGAUACUCCUUCUACUAGUCGAAGAGCAUGCUGAAAUCUUAAUCCAAGGUGGAGGAAAAGAAGAAACUGGGAGUCAGACGGAACCUGGACCAUGCAUGGAAACGGUGUUGGAAAAUAGAAUGUUCGGGAAACUCGCGCAACGAGCCCGUGACGAUUGGCCAUCAGGUUUCAAGUGUCACGUGUUGAAAUUUUUCAUCGAGGUGUUGGAUAUUGGGAUACCUGCAUCACUAUUGCCUCACAAAGCCAUCUUCGGUCCGCUUAUGGAAACUAUUCAAGUUUGCGGCGAAACAAAUGCUUCCCCGUAUGAGAAAGAAGAGCUAGAGUUUUUGAAGGCCAUGUCUUUGAAGUUGAAACGAUUUUCGGACUUGGCUCCCUGCUUCUUGAUUCCGUUGAAUGCUGACUCCGAAAAUCCGCAGGAGGAAUCGAAAGUCGUUGAUCCCGAAAAUGCCUACUUUCCGAUAGUUCGUUCGUUUCUCUGUCUCAUGCUCAGUGCCGACUAUUGGGUUUCUUUGGAAGCCUCUCACGCAUUGCUCGAGUUCGCGUCCUGUUUGGAUGAUUGGCUGUGUCCAGCUCUUGUCGCCCCGGUUCAUGUUACAUUCCCAGAACAACGGAAAUGUUGCACGUCGUUGCCUGAAUUUCUGAUAGAACGUAUGGUUGAAAGUUUCGUCGCAUUGCCCAAAAAUCUGGAUCCGGAUAAACUGGAAGAAUCCAAUUGGAGAGACUUGAAAGAAGCUCCCGACAAUGAAGAUGUUCCGGUUUCUGACGAACCCAUGGAAUCUCCGAGUCACGUAUUGGAACCCACGAGUCGAAAAGUGCUUUCGUAUUUGUCUCGACUGGACUUGGCUGAUGUCUUCGCAGCUUCCACUCCUUCCUUGGCAGCGAAGCAAAUUGGAUCGUCUUCCACUCCUUCCUUGGCAGCGAAGCAAAUUGGAUCGUGUUUUGGCGUAACGUUUUUGCGGGAUGCUAUUGAACGGCGUUUGUUUGAUCCUGAUCCAGCAGUUGCUUUACUGGCAACCUCGCAUUUGACAAAGGUUGUGCAGCAGGUAUCUUCUGGAGUUCUGUUGAAAGAAAUUUCCGAUUGGCUGCUUGGCGCGAACAGACUGCCUGAAAUACGUGGAAAACCGUGUCAUUUAUUGAAAGCUCUCCUGCUCGAACGUUGUCGUCAGAGCGAAGAUAUCGCCCUUGCGCUUGAGACGUUGAGACUUUUCGAAGUGUUGCUACAGAAGCCGUGCGAGGACAUAAUUUUCAAUCUCGUCCUCGCCAAUUUGGUCGACAGACGUUACGUUAAUGUGGAUAAGCUCAUGAAUCAGUGUUCGUCUUGGAGUGACGAAGAAGAGGAGAGAGAGAAGAAACGAGCGGAAAACGGCGCCUUUUCGCCGAAUUCCACUCCACGAAGCAGAACAUUGGCUCCAACACAAAUUCAAAGGAUUGUGAACGAAUUUCUCGACAUGGUGCCCGAUUGUCUUCGUUCAUCUGGCGAAGAUGACGCCGGUCCUGCUGGUGCAACUUACGAACAAUACCUCGCUGAUGCACAUCGACAAACAAGGAAUGCCUUGUCCCAGUGUCGCAGUUUUGCAUGGCCAAGAGAAGCAACGAGUAAUGAAGAAGACUUGAAAACGACUGUUCGAGAACACGACGAAAACUCGAGUUCCGACUCACGUCCGGAAUCUGAUCGUACCUUAUCCGGCGCAGCGGUUGACAAGUCGUCGUUCUACGAAGGCAGCUUCCUGGAAAUGAUUUUGGACCGGUUUGAUAACAUAUUGGAUCAGCCGUACGAACUCAGCUUACAAGUGACGUGUGUCUUGUCGACACUGGCCUCGCUUCCACAUCCGCAUUUGCAUGAAUUUCUUUUGAAUCCCUUAUUGCCGGUUUCUACUGGAGUGAGAACGCUUCCCGUCCUAUUACAUAAAAUUAUUGAUGAGAUCCAGAUCGUGGGAUCUGAAGCCCCGAAUUUCCAUCGCCACUUGUGUCAAACCCGUUGCACCCUGCUUUCGGAGGAGACCAGCAUUUACGUCACGAAGUCGGAAACUGACGCUGGCAAGCAUGGAUCCCUGUUCGAAGGAGCUAUUGUGGUGGAAGAAUUUUGCAAAGAGCUUGGUGCGCUAGCAUUUGCCAAGUACCAACAAUGUCUAUUUUUUUUUACGAUGUCGCUUACGUGCGAUGAGUUGUCGAACUUCUUGAUUCUGAAUUAUGCGAUUUCGGAAACGGACGUGCUUCUGAUAUUAACGAAGUGCCAACGUCAAUUAGCUCUUCGACCCUUGCUGAACAGGAAUGUGGAAGUUUGUCAAUUUCUACUGGAGACCUUGUACCAGACCACUGAUGAUAUUUUACACAAAAAGCAGACCAAUACAAUAAGUGAUGCUUUGAGAAAAGAAGAAGAAUCUCUAGUCCAGGAAACGAAAGCGGUGACCGACGAGAAGUUAAAUUUAUCGAGACUUCAUCGUCUCGAGGAAAGCAUGAAGCUUAAGCUGAAGACCUCGGAGGAAGAAUUGAAAGACCUCGGCAAAGCUGUUGCAUCUGCGAAAGACAAUGUGCAUGACACGGAGAUUCAGAUCAAAGCAGAAGAGAUGUACAACCAUCAGCUGCUCGACGUCACUGUGCAGUUUGAACGACGUCGUAUUGCCAAUCUAGAAGCAGCUCAGGCGCGGGAAUCAGAAGAGAUCUGUCAAAAAAUCCGGGAAGAAAAUCACAAUCACGUGCUAUCUGUUCAAUUUUUGCAAGAUUUCUUGAAGACUUUGGAGCAACAAACUCUGGAAUGGAAAGCGAAAUACAACCGCAACACGGAAAUGAUGAAGAAAGAAAUAGCCUUGAUGACAAACAAAAGGGUCGGAUAUGAAGAAAAUUAUCAAGAGCUUGUUGCGCUGCUGGAAGAAAGAACAGCCGUUGUAUCAGCAUACGAAGCAGAGAAGGAACGAGCCGAGCAGGAAAAACUGAUUCUGAUCAAACGCGAGAAAGCCGCUGUGAAGAUUCAAGCUUGGUGGCGUGGGGUUAUGGUGCGGAAAAAACUUGGUCCGUACAAACCGAAGAAAGCCAAGUCUAGAAAGAAGCAAGCAGCUGCUGCUUCCGCAUCUGUGAAUGAUGCCUUGCCGGAAGGUAAGGUUGAUGAAAAGACCGCUGCUCCAAAACCUGUCCAGUCGAAACCGGUUCCCAAGAAGACAAAACCGCACAAAUGAUAGUUUUUUUUUUUUCGAAGUGAUGGAAGUUCGUCAAGGUAUUUGAUUUGCUGUUGAAAUUUUGGGAGACUUCGUUGUCGAGUAUCUUUGAAGAUCUCAUUUGGUAAAUUACAAUAUGAGUUCCAUAUUCCAUGAGGGUGGCUUUUUUGAGUCAUUGAAAGUUGUGAAAUUUAAUGAAGGAAUUCAUUUCAUCAUCGAGUUUUCGAGUUCCUCAAAAAUAAAAUUGUGUUCGACUCCAAUUUCAAGGCAAAAAUAAUCUUAUGCAUUGUUAAUGAUUCGAUGUGGUUUUUUAUUGUUGUUGGGAUAUUUCGACACGUGAUCAAGUAGUUGUUUUUUCGAUUCACUUUCGUUACUUGGCGUACUGCCGCAGUCAUUCGGUUCAGGGAUCUCAUUCGAAACGUUGCCUUAAUAUUGUGUUCAAAAAAUUUGUGAAGCCUUGAAAAACAAAUCGUGAUGUAUAUAACUAUGCCGUCCGUCGUGAAUUGUUCGUGUUCUUCCGGAAUGAAAUUUUGUUCAAGAUC